GGCGCUUUAGCAAGCUGUAGCUGUUGAUACGCGAGGGAAGAGAAACAGGCACGUUAUCUGGGAUUUCUGGGAAAGAAGGCUGAUGAGAGCAUUCCCGCUUGGACUGCUGUCUUUUUUGCUUUUUGUCUUGGUGCACAUAAUAUAUCAUCCUUAACUCAGCUUGGAUCUACCAGCAAACUCUUUCGGUCCGCAGCGGCGUUAGCCACUCCUCUGUGCACACUAAAGCAGGGUUUGAAGUGCUGGAAAUACUGUAUACAUGGCAAAGAACACAAAUUUUCUUCAGGCAUUUUUAAUGUUCUUACUGCAUGAUUACAUAUCAGCUGAAGAUGGUGAUGUAAGAUCAAGUUGUCGAACUGCCCCAACAGAUCUAGUUUUCAUCUUGGAUGGCUCCUAUAGUGUUGGCCCAGAAAACUUCGAAAUAAUCAAAAGGUGGCUUGUAAAUAUUACAAGUAACUUUGACAUAGGACCAAAGUUUAUUCAAGUUGGAGUAGUUCAGUACAGUGAUUAUCCUGUACUUGAAAUCCCCCUUGGGUCUCAAGAUUCCAAUGAAAACCUAGUCAAAGAAGUGGAAUUUAUACAAUACUUGGGUGGAAAUACAAGAACAGGAAAAGCAAUUCAGUUUGCGAUGGACCACCUAUUUGCCAAAUCCUCAAGAUUCCUUACAAAAAUUGCAGUUGUUCUCACUGAUGGCAAGUCACAGGAUGAAGUCAAAGAUGUGGCAGCUGAAGCAAGAAAAAACAAGAUCACUCUGUUUGCUAUUGGAGUUGGUUCAGAAACCGAAGAGGAAGAAUUGAGAGCAAUUGCCAACAAACCUUCAUCAACAUACGUGUUCUAUGUUGAAGAUUAUAUUGCAAUAUCCAGGAUAAGGGAAGUCAUAAAGCAGAAACUAUGUGAAGAAUCUGUUUGUCCAACCAGAAUUCCUGUGGCAUCGCGAGAUGAAAAAGGAUUUGAUAUACUUCUAGGUUUAGGCGUGAAAAAAAAGGUGAAAAAGAGGAUUCAGAUCCCAUCUACUAAUGCAAAAGCUUAUGAAGUUACCUCAUGGAUUGAUUUGUCAGAACUGACAAGGAAUGUCUUUCCAGAAGGCCUUCCCCCAUCAUAUGUGUUUGUAUCCACUCAGAGGUUUAAAGUCAGAAAAACAUGGGAUUUGUGGAGGAUUUUAAGCCUGGAUGGAAGCCCACAAAUAGCUGUUACUGUUAAUGGAGAAGACAGAACGUUAUCCUUUACUACGACGAGCCUAGUAAAUGAUACUCAGGUUGUUACUUUUACUGCACCCCGUGUGAAGACAUUGUUUGAUGACGGCUGGCAUCAAAUCCGUCUCCUAGUAACAGAAGCAGAUGUAACGUUGUACAUAGAUGACCAAGAAACUGAAAUAAAGCCAUUGCAUCCUGUUUUAGGGAUCUAUAUCAGUGGAGUAACUCAAAUUGGAAAAUAUUCUGGGAAAGAGGAGACUGUACAGUUUGAUGUCCAAAAGCUGAGGAUCUAUUGUGACCCAGAACAAAACAACCGGGAAACAGCCUGCGAGAUACCUGGCUUUAAUGGAGAGUGCAUGAAUGGACCAAGUGAUGUAGGAUCUACGCCACCUCCCUGUAUAUGUCCUCCAGGAAAACAAGGACCACCGGGCCCAAAAGGAGAUUCUGGACAACCUGGGAAUCACGGCUAUCCUGGAGAACCUGGUCCAGAUGGUAAGCCUGGCUACCAAGGGAUAGCAGGAACUCCAGGUAUUCCAGGAUCCCCAGGAAUACAAGGGCCACGAGGCCUUCCAGGCGUGAAGGGUGAACCUGGGUUAGAUGGGGCAAAGGGUGAACGCGGACUUCCAGGUUUCCCUGGAUUACAUGGGAUGCCAGCAUCUAAGGGUGACAGAGGACCUAAAGGAGACCAAGGGCCACCAGGAAUUUAUGGGAAAAAGGGUGCAAAAGGUGAAAAGGGUGUGGCAGGAUUUCCAGGAAUGCCUGGGCGGUCUGGAAAUCCUGGGAGGAGCGGGAAGGAUGGCAUACCUGGAAAUCCAGGUUUUAAGGGAGAAGCUGGACAACCAGGUUCCGCAGGAGUAGAAGGAAGACGGGGAGAGCCUGGAAUUCAUGGGAUCCCUGGAGUUCAAGGAAUAAAGGGAGAAAAGGGUGAAAUUGGACCACCAGGACAUGGAGGAACAAAAGGAUCACCAGGGAUGCCUGGUCUUCCUGGACCUGAGGGAUCAUCAGGUUUACCUGGAGGACCUGGGCCAAAGGGCAGUAAGGGUGAACAAGGAGUACAAGGGAAACCAGGAAUAGCAGGUAUCAAGGGAGAACAAGGGAGACCAGGUGCUUCAGGUGAACCAGGCUAUCCCGGAAUGCCUGGCACACAGGGUUUGAAGGGAGAUAAAGGAAAUCCAGGGGAAAAAGGCAUCCAGGGCCAGAAGGGAGAAAGUGGCAGACCGGGUACUCCAGGCCACAAGGGAACCUCAGGAUUAAAUGGAGAAAAAGGAGAGAAAGGUGAGAAAGGCGAUCCUGGCAUUAGUGGCUCCAAUGGACAGAAAGGAGAACCUGGGGUGCAUGGUUUGAUUGGUCCACCAGGCCCAAGAGGAGCGCAAGGAGAGAGGGGGUCUCCCGGAACUCCUGGCUCAGAUGGAAAACCUGGAAGAGGCUUUUCAGAAGAAUUUAUUCGGCAAGUUUGCGCAGAUGUACUGAGAACCCAGUUGCCUACUAUACUUCAGAAUGGGAGGUUACAACACUGUGACCGUUGCCAGUCUCAUGGUGCUUCCCCAGGGCCUCCUGGCCCACCAGGCCCACCAGGCCCACAAGGUCCUCGAGGAUUUCCUGGUUUGCAAGGAAACGAUGGUGUUCCAGGCCUGACAGGAGCUCCUGGGCGUCAUGGAUCUCGUGGGGCAAAAGGACCACCUGGAAAAAACGGAGGUAAAGGUAGCCAAGGAAUUGGAGUCCCUGGAAUGCAGGGCCCUCCAGGACCUCCAGGUCCUGAAGGCCCACCUGGGAUAAGUAAAGAAGGACGUCCUGGAGAACCCGGGAAACCGGGUGCAGAUGGAGACCGUGGAAGCCCUGGAAGUCCUGGGCAAACUGGACCUCCUGGCAUUUGUGACCCAUCUCUAUGUUUUAGUGUCAUUGUCGGAAGAGAUCCAUUUAGAAAAGGACCAAACUAUUAAUCUGGGAGUGUCAGUACCACACUAGCCUUGCCUUUGAUGAUCUUUCAAGUCUCAGGAAGAUGACUGGCAAUAAUCUCCUUUCCCAGGAACUAAAGUACCUCUGAUGUGUAAUGUAAUAUGGUAAAAUAUUCCAUGUUCAGUUUAAGACUCUAAAUGUGAGUCAGGCCUUUGGGCUGAUUAAACCUCUUGAUCCCAUCCAGUUAAGCUUAGUUAGCAUUGUCCCUUUCAAACCAAUGAAACCAGUUUGUCAUAAUUAACUUAAAUCCCAUUGCUCUCAGACAUGACUAACUAUAGCUGGAUUGGAGAGUAAAUUUUAAUCUAGUGUUUGACUAAUGAUCCUGUUGCUUCCUGUUGAAGUCCACUGGCAAACAUUGCUGGAAGCUGGAUUGGGCCCUCAGUGUUUGGUGAUCAGGUGUAAUUCACUGUGAAGUGUUUCUUAUCCAGCCUAAAUAUACAGCAUCUGAAUUUUAAUGGAACAUGGCUGGUUGUUAUUUCAUAUGUUUGCAAAUUUAAUCAAUUUCUGUAUGUUUCAUAUUUUACUGGUUACAGAUUUCUUUUGGGAAAAACAAGAAUCCAAGUCAUUUUUAAAAAGGGCUGUUUUAACAUCUGACAUUUUCAUUCAAUCAGUUUUUAUUACCCAUGUUGCCCUCAAUGAAUUUAUGCAAAUAGUUUAUUAUACAUUUCUGUCUACAAGCAACGGAAUCUGUAGAGGCACCUUAUACAAUUAAAAAUGGUUGUGUGUUGUUGGUUGUUUUUUAAAAAAAUGGUUUCUAAUUAUAGUAUGGCAAAGGUUUUUUUUAAAAUAAUACCUUUGCACAACAAAAUGUAAAUGUACUGCCUUCAAGUCGAUUCCAACUUAUGGUGACCUUAUGAAUAGGGUUUUCAUGAGGCUGAGAGGCAGUGACUGGCCCAAGGUCACCCAGUGAGCUUCAUGGCUAUGUGGGGAUUUGAACCCUGGUCUUCCAGGUCAUAGUCCAACACCUUUACCACUACACCACAACAAAGCUUAACUAUAUUUCAUUUUUUCAGCUGACUAUAGAACUGGGUGUUGUCAUUUUUGCUAUGCUCCAUAGGACUGCAGUUGUCAAACAAAAGUUUACAAGCUAUGCUUUAUGCUUACUACAUAAGUACAAUGUUUGUUACGCUGCUUCUUCGUAUGUUUUAAUUAAGGCAUUGCUGUGUUUAUUUUGUGAAAUGAGAUGCAAUCAAGAAGCACUGCUGGCAUCCUAAUCAGCUCAGUUGUACAAUUUCCGUCAGAAUUUGACGCCAUUUUACAUAUUAAUGCAAGGAGUCUUAUUGCACUUAUUCAAAGCUUUAUAACUGGCCUUUUGUUGUUGGUUUUCUGUCAAUUGUAAUAUGCUUGACA